AUACUUUUCCCGAAGACACCUUGUUUCAGACUCUCGGUAGUAGUUGGAGUGAGAGAGAGAAUAAUAAAACACAGCUUAGAGCAUUGUCAUCACUCACUUCGUUGCACAACUUCAACUCUCAGAAGAAAAGAAUCAAUCGGGUAGCGAGUCACACUGAGUCGGACUCGCUCCUUCUCCCCUUUCUAUUCAAUUCUAGGGUUUUAUCACACACUUAAAUCCUCAAUCAUGGGCACCAAGGUCAGGAGACCCUCCCAUGCUGGUUCUUGGUACACCGAUGAUCCUAAGCAGCUUUCAGAAGAACUUGAAGGGUGGCUGCAAUCGUGUGGGUUGGCUAAGUCUCCUGAUGUGAGAGGAGUAAUAGCACCACAUGCAGGUUAUUCCUAUUCAGGACGAGCUGCUGCUUAUGCCUUUGGGAACAUAGAUCCAUCUAACAUUACACGUGUGUUCCUUCUUGGUCCUUCUCACCACUACUAUACUCCAAAAUGUGCUCUUUCGACUGCAACAAUCUACAAGACACCCAUAGGGGACCUGCCUAUUGAUUUGGAAGUGAUCGAGGAGCUUAAAGCUACAGGAAAGUUUGAACUGAUGGAUAUUCGGGUCGAUGAAGCUGAACAUAGCAUGGAAAUGCACCUGCCAUAUCUUGCUAAAGUAUUUGAAGGGCACCAGGUGAAAAUUGUGCCCAUUUUAGUUGGUGCUGUUAGUGCUGAAAAUGAAGCUAUGUAUGGGCAGAUUCUUGCCAAAUAUGUGGAUAAUCCCAGCAACUUCUUCUCUGUUUCAUCAGACUUUUGUCACUGGGGAUCUCGAUUCAAUUACAUGCACUAUGACAAGAAACAUGGACCUAUAUACAAAUCUAUCGAGGCCUUAGACAAGAUGGGCAUGGAUAUCAUAGAAACAGGAGAUGCAGAUUCAUUCAAACAAUAUCUGUUGGAGUAUGACAAUACAAUCUGUGGACGCCAUCCAAUUAGUGUUUUCCUUCAUAUGCUAAGGAACUGCUCAACAAAGAUAAAAAUCAAAUUUCUUCGCUAUGAGCAGUCCAGUCAGUGCAAAAGUACAAGGGAUAGUAGUGUUAGUUAUGCAUCUGCAGCAGCAAAGAUUGAUGGCUCGAGUUCUAGUUGAAGAUCUUCCUUCUUUGAUGUGGCACUCAGCAAUUUCAUUUCCUUUUAAGUGACUAUUUAUAUUUUAGCUUUAACAAUUGAAUAUCAUGCUCUAUGUUCAUAGUCAUUCUCAGUUCUCACUAACAUAUAUUGCUUGUCUUUAGCUGGGGAUGUUGUCAAAUAAUCAAAUUACUUUACACUUCUUAGUUGGCGUCCCUAGCUAACAUACUUGGAAAGUUGUGACUAUGAGCAUGUAAUUUGGUCAUGUUUUGGUUGCGACCAUCAAAUUCUCAACUUGCACUUGCACUCUGUCAGCAUCGUAUUUGUUUUCAAUGUAGUCUUAGCUGUGGUAAUCAAGUGUUAGCGUGUUUUG